UUUGAGAAGAUAUAUAAAAUUUAAACUCAGCCGGGUCUUUUUUGACCCAUGUUGCGCAUCAAAGGGUUAAGGACCUUUACUCUGCAGAAGGUUACAGCUUCUUGCUGCAUGAGAGUGAUCACGUUCACACUCUGCUGUUCAGGAAGAGAGAUCACAGGAAGUUUGUGGCUACAUAUUUUAAAUAUAGCGGUGUCACUUUCUAGUAUAAGAUAUUUAUGAAAAAUUGAAUCAAAAUGAUCUCACUUCAACCUUUUCACACCAAAAGAAACAUUUUCAUCUGCUUUUUCUGUGAUACACACACCAGUAUCUUCACACAUGCCUACACAAAGAUGAAACCAGCAGCUAGUUUCCUGUAAAGGGUGAGAGAGGAGGAGCCACAUCCAGAUCAUGUCAUCCAGCUUCAGAGUGCUCUGAAAACGAAACCUGACUUGUGUUUUUAGUCACAAAGCGGGAAGUUUGUGCCAAGGUGAGUGUUAUACCUCAAAAGUUGUUUUCUUUUUUUGCUGCUGUGUGCUGAGCAGAGAGACUUCAAAAUGAGCAUGGAAAUAGCUUUCUGACUGAUUUUAUUGUGCUGUGUUUUUGUGUCUUCCUGCUUUCUAAAUCUUGGGUUUGACAUUAAAAUGAAUUCGUGUUUCCUGAUUGCUGCGUCCCACACCCACGGAUCAAGGUUUGAGGUAAACUGUAUUAUCCUUGUGAAGGGCAAUUUGUUUGACAGCCAGUUGUAAGAAAACACGGGCAAUAAAAAAACACAGUGACAGCCCGGUGUCCUGUUUAGUUGUGUUGUAUCCUCUUGUGAUACUAUCAGCCUUCUAUUCUAGAUCUUAGCUUGUGCUGUAUUUGCACUGAAAUUUUCCUAACUUUGGACAAAACAUUUUCUAAAGGACACUGUAACAUUGAAAAAAUAUAUAAGAAAAAAAAAAAAACACUCACAGUGAGCAUUUUAACUUUACUUUUCAGACUGACUUAUGAUCAGAGGAUGAGCGGUUCAUCGGAGAAAGGGGGCAGAGCACAGUCUCCUGUUCCUCAUGAUGAUGACUUCAGGAAAAAAAGUGGACCCUCAGAAACAAAGUAAGAUAUGUGGCCAAAAAAACAAGAUUUUGAAGUGUUGUUUAACAGCUGCAGCUCUGUGUAAAACCAUUUUUUUAUUGAAUUGGAGAAUAAUCAAAGAUUCUUUAAAAUGACUCAAAACGUGUUGCUGUUUUCCUACAUACGUUAAUUAGACAGAGACGGAAAGCGAUCUCUUCUGUGCCCAGCUCUUCGGUUAUAAAGAGUGACCAGUCCAAAGAAUUCUCUUCAGUCUUCAGUCAUGAACCUGGACCCUCAGACAAAGAGUAAGAGAUACUUCUAAUUGUUUGAUAAAUAGUGCACAUCCUGUUGUGCACAGCUAUCAUGCAGUGUUUCUUCUAGAAAAUUUUAAAUAAUGUCUGAAUUUAAAUGAACAAAAAGCUGAAACUCAAAGCUGCUGGGCCUGCUGAUAAGUUUGUGUUCACACAUAUAUUCAUGAAAGUUUGGUCGUCCAGAGUUUCAGCAUAUGAAGCUCCCUGUGUUUGCUCAUGCCUAAAGCAGACAAGGCCACCGUUCUGUUCCUUUUCCCCAAGAGUUAAUGGUGUUACCAAGCUCGACUCUUCCCCCUCUGCUGUGCCUGGAGGUUUGUCAUGAUGUUGUCAUGAUUUGUUGGAGGGGUAUCAGCAAGUACUGUUAACUCCUUGAGCCUCAGAAACUCAGUCUUAGUUACUCCUGACCACUUCCUUUAGUUAAACCAUUUGAUCUCUGAAACACACCUGCCAUUUUCUUUCUAUUCUAGAUCUUAGCUUGUGCUGUUUUUGCGCUGAAAUUUUCCUAACUUUGGACAAAAACAUCUUCUAAAGGACACUGUAACAUUGAAAACAUAAAAAGAGAAAAAACUCUCACGGUGAUCAUUUUGACUUUACUUUUCAGAAUGACUUAUGAUCAGAGGAUGAGUGGUUCUUCAGAGAAAGGGGGCAUACUACAAACUCUUGUUCCUGAUUAUAAUUGCUUUUUGAAAAUGCCUGGAUUCCCAUACGCACGGUAAGAUAUGCGGCCAAAGAAACAAGAUUUUAAAGUGUCUUGUUUAACAGCUGCAGCUCUGUGUGUAACCCUUUUUUAAAUCAGAGAAUAAUCAAGGAUUCUUCAAAAUGUCUCAAAACAUGUUGCUGUUUUACUAUAUUGGUUAAGAAGACAGGGAGGCGAGUUUUCUGUGCCCAGCUCUUCGGUUAUAAAGAGUGACCAGUCCAAAGAUUCUUCUUCAGUCUUCAGUCAUGAACCUGGACCCUCAGACAAAGAGUAAGAGAUACUUCUAAUUGUUUGUUAAAUAGUGCACAUCCUGUUGUGCACAGCUAUCAUGCAGUGUUUUUUCUAGAAAAUUUUAAAUAAUGUCUGAAUUUAAAUGAACAGAAAGCUGAAACUCAAAGCUGCUGGGACUGCUGAUAAGUUUGUGUUCACACAUAUAUUCAUGAAAGUUUGGUCGUCCAGAGUUUGAGCAUAUGAAACUCCCUGUGUUUGCUCAUGCCUAAAGCAGACAAGGCCACCGUUCUGUUCCUUUUCCCCAAGAGUUAAUGUUGUUACCAAGCUCGACUCUUCCCCCUCUGCUGUGCCUGGAGGUUUGUCAUGAUGUUGUCAUGAUUUGUUGGAGGGGUAUCAGCAAGUACCGUUAACUCCUUGAGCCUCAGAAACUCAGUCGUAGUUACUCCUGACCACUUUCUUUAGUGAGGCCAUUUGAUCUCUGAAACACACCUGCCAUCUUUCUAUUCUAGAUCUUAGCUUGUGCUGUAUUUGCGCUGAAAUUUACCUAACUUUGGACAAAAACAUCUUCUAAAGGACACUGUAACAUUGAAAACAUAAUAAGAAAGAAAAAACUCUCACAGUGAGCAUUUUGACUUUACUUUUCAGACUGACUUAUGAUCAGGGGAUGAGCGGUUCUUCAGAGAAAGGGGGCAGAAUAUACUCUCAUUCUCUUCUUGAUCCGUAUGCUGCCAUCAUAAAAAGUGGACCCUCAGAAACAAAGUAAGAUAUGUGGCCAAAGAAACAAGAAUUUUAGGUGUCUUUUGUCUGAACAGCUGCAGCUCUGUGUAUAACCCUUUUUUUCUCAAGGAUUUUCAAGUUCUCUUUAUAAAUGACUCAAAACUUGUUGCUGUUUUCCUAAUGAAGAGUGGAGUGUCCUUUUCCCCACAGGCCAUCUGUACAGAGUGUCCAGCCUAAUUCUCCAAUGUUCUUUUUGCAUGAACCUGGACCCUCAGACAAAGAGUAAGAGAUACUUCUAAUUGUUUGUUAAAUAGUGCACAUCCUGUUGUGCACAGCUAUCAUACAGUGUUUUUUCUAGAACAUUUUAAAUAAUGUCUGAAUUUUAAUGAACAAAAAGCUGAAACUCAAAGCUGCUGGGCCUGCUGAUAAGUUUGUGUUCACACAUAUAUUCAUGAAAGUUUGGUCCUCCAGAGUUUCAGCAUAUGAAGCUCUGUGUGUUUUCUCAUACCUAAAGAAGACAAGGCCACCGUUUGGUUCCUUUUCCCCAAGAGUUAAUGGCGUUACCAAGCUCGACUCUUCCUCCUCUGUUGUGCCUGGAGGUUUGUCAUGAUGUUGUCAUGAUUUGUUGGAGGGGUAUCAGCAAGUACCUUUAACUCCUUGAGCCUCAGAAACUCAGUCCUAGUUACUCCUGACCACUUCCUUCAGUUAAACCAUUUGAUCUCUGAAACACACCUGCCAUUUUCCUUCUAUUCUAGAUCUUAGCUUGUGCUGUAUUUGCGCUGAAAUUUUCUUAACUUUGGACAAAAACAUCUUCUAAAGGACACUGUAACAUUGAAAACAUAAAUAAGGAAAGAAAAAACUCUCACAGUGAGCAUUUUGACUUUACUUUUCAGACUGACUUAUGAUCAGAGGAUGAGUGGUUCUUCAGAAAAAACGGGCAGAGCACAGUAUUGUUCUAAUCUUAAUCUGUAUGCUGCCAUGAGAAGUGGACCCUCAGAAACAAAGUAAGAUAUGUGGCCAAAGAUAGAAGAAUUUAAGGUGUCUUUUGUCUGAACAGCUGCAGCUCUGUGUAUAACCCUUUUUUUUCUCAAGGAUUUUCAAGUACUCUUUUAAAAUGACUCAAAACAUGUUGCUGUUUUCCUAUAUUGGUUAAGGAGACGGAGAUGGGAGUUUUCUAUGCCCAGCUCUUCGGUUAUGAAGAGUGACCAGUCCAAAGAAUUCUCUUCAGUCUUCAGUCAUGAACCUGGACCCUCACACAAAGAGUAAGAGAUACUUCUAAUUGUUUGUUAAAUAGUGCACAUCCUGUUGUGCACAGCUAUCAUACAGUGUUUUUUCUAGGAAAUUUUAAAUAAUGUCUGAAUUUAAAUGAACAAAAAGCUGAAACUCAAAGCUGCUGGGACUGCUGAUAAGUUUGUGUUCACACAUAUAUUCAUGAAAGUUUGGUCGUCCAGAGUUUCAGCAUAUGAAGCUCCCUGUGUUUGCUCAUGCCUAAAGCAGACAAGGCCACCGUUCUGUUCCUUUUCCCCAAGAGUUAAUGGCGUUACCAAGCUCAACUCUUCCCCCUCUGUUGUGCCUGGAGGUUUGUCAUGAUGCUGUCAUGAUUUGUUUGAGGGGUAUCAGCAAGUACCGUUAACUCCUUGAGCCUCAGAAACUCAGUUGUAGUUACUCCUGACCACUUCCUUCAGUUAUGCCAUUUAAUCUCUGAAACACACCUGCCAUUUUCCUUCUAUUCUAGAUCUUAGCUUGAAAUUUUCCACAGAUUACGGGAAGUGCCCGUCACUCUGAGUCCAGCCAAAUGCACAUUUGGUCAGGUCACUGUUAUUUACUGGGGGGAAUAGGUGGGUCAGGUUUGUGACUCCAACAUUGACUUUCUCCUGGUGAGUUGUCGACCUUACUAUUAACCCAGGGAGUCGUCCUGUGACAGUCCAAGCUCUGUACAUACCACCGUGGGGUAAUAGGUAGCUGGCCUCCAAUAGAGACAAUAUCGAUGCUCACAAUGGUGCCUUGGUAAAAGGUGAACAUGAUGGGUGGGGGGGCUCUCACUCUUUUCAGUCUGUGGAGGAAGUCGAGGUGCUGCUGGGCUUUUUUCACCAGUGAUGUGCAGUUGGUUGUCCAGGAAAGGUUCUCACUGUUGUAUACUCCCAGAUAAUUUGGUGCUGCACACUCUCUCCACAGCAGCACCAUUGAGGGUCAGUGUGGGAUGUUGGGUGGGGCCUCUUCUGAAGUCUAGAACAAUCUUCUUUGUCUUGUCAAUGUUUCAAAGGAGAUUGUUAUUGCUGCACCCAGAGCCGGCCCAAGGUAUAAGGGAACUAAGCGCUGCUUAGGGCCCCAGAACCAAUAGUGGGCCCCCCAGAGCAGCAAAAUUGUAUUUUUUAUUUUAUUUUAUAUAUAUAUAUAUAUAUAUAUAUAUAUAUAUAUAUAUAUAUAUAUAUAUAUAUAUAUAUAUAUGUAUAUUGUAAGAAUAAGAUAAAGUAAAAUCAUUUUAGUGCUGCUGCAGAUGUAGGCCUACGAUUCUUACUGCUGAUAUGUCAAAGCUCUGCUACCAUUAUGUGCCCUCUGCUGUGCAAUGUGCGCUGAGCAUCCAAAGAGCACGUAGUUGUGGAGCAAAACAAUGUUGUAAAAAAGGACAUAUCCUUCAGGAGCAGAGAAAAGAAAGAGGAAGAAGAGAAAAAGCACCAAGAUAAAGGUAUGUUUGCAUGUCAGGGAAUGUUAAUCAAAGAGAUUUGUGAAGGUGUGUGAAUGAUCAACAGUCAAUAUUAUUGGCAGAAAUAAAGGGCCCCAAAAUCAAUUUUGCUAAGGGCCCUAUUGAGGCUUGGGUCGGCUCUGGUUGCACCACCUGGACAGGUGGCUGACCUCCUUCCUGUGGUUUGUCUCAUUGUUGUUGAAGAUAAGACCCACCACAAUCAUAUCAUUGAAAAAACUCCACUAUAUGGUUUGUGCUAAAUGUUGGUGUGCAGUCGUUGGUCAGCAGGGUGAAGAGCAGCACUGAGCAUGUAUCCCUAUGGUGCUCCUGUUCUCAGUGAGAUUAUCUUUGAGGUACUAUUGCUGAACCACACUGCUUGUGGCCUCUCACUGAGGAAGUCCAGCAACCAGUUGCACAGUGUGACAUUGAGGCCUAGAUGGUCCAGUUUGAUGAUAAGCUGUUGUGGGAUGAUAGUGUUAAGUGCUGGACUGAAAUCUAUGAACAGCAUUCGUGCAUAAGAGCCUUUAGAGUCAUGGUGGGUGAGAGCAGGGUGGAGAGCAGCACAGAUGGUCAACAAGUUGGCUCGGUAUGCAAACUGCAAUGGGUCCUCCUCAAUGUCUGUGGCUGCUGUUGUGUAUGACUGCUUGCUUGAACACUUCCCAGGCCAUAGUUUAAAGGCAGUCUCUACCUGCUGUAAGACGGGUUUGGUGGUCUUCACCCUAGGCUUAUAUGCUGGUCUCAGCAGGAUAAUGAUGUGGUCAGAGAGUCUGAUGUGGGCGAGGAAAGAAGCCUUGUCCAAGUCAAAGGUGUUUUUAACUCUGGUUGUAGAUGUAAGAAGACAGCCUUAAGCAAGCGCGGAGCCAGUGUCACAUUGCAGAGGAGGCGGGGACCUGUAGUGGGCUCUGAUAGCCUAUUGGCUGAUUCACUUGAUAACAAUUCAAAUAACGGAUCUGAUCUGGAUCUGAGCUGUAUUUGGCUGCUGUCAAAAAGGGACUGAGUGAACGGCUCAAUUUGCUUCGUAAACAGACAGAUAUUAUGUAAAACAAAGUAAAUCCAACAUUAGAAACUGCGCAGUGACAGCCUGUAAUGACACACAGCUGAUCAAUUAGUAGUGUUAAUAAUGGGAAACGGAGAAAGAAGGGCAAAAUGGAAAGAGUGUGGAUAACAAUGAGUUGUGCAGCACAAUUUGCACAAUUUCAGCACCAUGGACAUUGCCAGAACCUGAUUGUGUGGGCAGCAUGUGGAGAAAUUUUUGAACCUCAACAGUUUAUAAAUAAAAAGGACUGUGUGACCUCUGAGUGAAGAGGUGUAAAUAUGAAUAAAUAUAGUGCAUCAUUAACCUUUUAGAGUGUAAUUAUUAUUUAUACUAAACCCUAUCCACAGCAGCACAUAGCAAAUCUUCACUGAAGCCUCUCUAACCACUGUCUUUAAACAGAGGACAUGCCAACCACAAUCCUCUGAAGACAAUUAAAUAAUUCUUAUUUCUUGAGGGGGAUUGAUUGGUUGCAUGACAUUAAAAUUUUUAUAUUUCAUUGCAGAACUUGGACUUAAACUCUUUCAAAAAAGACAAUCAUAAAAAAAUCAAUUUGGCAUGUCCUGAAAUAAAUGGGAGGAGCAUAUUUAUGGAUUGUCUUGCAGAGAUGGAUGACAAUGUGAUGAAAAAAAGUAAAAAAUAAAAUAAAAGGGAGAAGCAGCACAUUGGUUUGUAAAUAAGAGUCUGAACUGGAGUAUGGGUUGUAUUUUUCAGAUCAGGUUUCAAGAGCUCAUCAGGGAGCAGCUGUGCUUCUCUGGCCUCAACUCUGAAGUCAAACCCCUCACGUUUGGAUCUAAGUUGUAAGAGGCUGCAAGAUGAAGAAGUGGAGCUGCUGUGUGAUUAUCUGAAGAGUCCAGGCUGCAAACUGGAGACUCUGAGGUAAGAUUCACCAUAUUAUCAAAUGCUGGUAAAAUUAAAAGAAGUGUGUAUUUGUUUCUGUGCCUUUUUGGAGAGGAGUGAAUAAUUGUUUUAUCUAAAUUAGAAAUGAUCGGUAUUAUUUAAAAACUUCUCAAAUGAUUUAAGUCACAAUUUGUUUAAUUGGUUUUGAUGGAAGUCCUUUUUGAUUUUUUUUUUUACAUUCUGAAACAGUUUCUGCUGGUUUUGUCGAGGGAUCUUCAUUCUUGAUUUUUUUCAUAAUCUAGAUCAGCUCCAAACAUGCAACAGUAAGUCAGCUGAAACAGAACUUCCAAAAAUAUUGAAUCUCUUUUUUUUUUUUCAGAUUGAGGGAUUGCAAUUUGUCAGAGAUCAGCUGUGAUUCCCUGGCCUCAGCCUUGAAGUCAUAUCCCUCUCAUCUGAGAGAGCUGGACCUUAGUGGAAACAAGCUUCAGGAUUCAGGAGUGAAGCUGCUGAGCAAUUUCCUGAAGAGUCCAAACUGCAGACUGGAGACUCUGAGGUCAGACUCAUCUUAGUAUCAAAUGCUGGUAAAUUUUAAAAAAGUGUGUUUUUGUUUUUGUGCCUUUUGGAGAGUAGAAAAUAAUUGUUUUAUCUAAAUAAGAAAUUAUCAUUAUUAUUCGAUUUAAGUCACAAUUUGUUUAAUUGGUUUUUGAUAGAAGUUCUUUUUGAUAUUUGAAUUCUGACACCAUUUCUGCUGGUUUUGUUGGGGGGAUCUUCACACUUGAUUUUUUUUAUUAUCUAGAUCAGCUCCAAACAUGCAACAAUAAGUCAGCUAAGACAGAACUUCCAGACCAACAAUAUUUGAUUUCUUUUUUUUCAGUUUGAGUUACUGCAGUUUGUCACACAUCAGCUGUGAUUCCCUGGCCUCAUCGCUACAGUCAAACCCCUCUCACCUUACAGAGCUGGACCUCAGUGGAAACAAGCUUCAGGAUUCAGGAGUGAAGCUGCUGAGCAAUUUCCUGAAGAGUCCAAACUGCAGACUGGAGACUCUGAGGUCAGACUUAAAAUGAACUUAAAUGCAGCACUGGUCAGAUUUUUCUCUGUUAUGUCCAUGCUUUUUUAAUUGCUUCAUAACUUUUAUUUUAUAAAGAAGAAAACUCAUUGAACUUGGACUUUGUAACAGCAUUUUCAAAGGGUUCAGUGCCAGUCCUUUGUGUUUGUGAAAUUGUUUUACACCUGUAUGCUAUUGUAAGAAGAGGUUGGAGGAUUUAUUAUCAUCAUUUUCAAUGUACUUCAUAUGUUAAAGUAUAAUUGAACACUGGAGUAUCUUUGCUGAGAAUUCUGGAAAGAAAGUAUUAAUCAUAUUUUUCAGCUUGAGUUACUGCAGUUUGUCAGAGAUCAGCUUUGCCUCUCUGGCCUCCUCCUUGAAGUCAAAUCCCUCUCAUCUAAGAGAGCUGGACUUUAGUAGAAACAACCUGCAGGAUUCAGGAGUGAAGCUGCUGAGCAAUUUCCUGAAGAGUCCAAACUGCAGACUGGAGACUCUGAGGUCAGUCUCACCAUAUAGUUAAAUGCUGGUAAAUUUUUAAAAAGUGUGUAUUUGCUUUUGUGCCUUUUUGGAGAGGAGUGAAUAAUAGUUUUAUCUCAAUUAGAAAUGAUCAGUAUUGUUAAAAAAACUUAUAAAAUGAUUUAAGUCACAAUUUGUUUAGAUGGUUUCUGAUGGAAGUCCUUUUUGAUUUUUUUAAAUUCAGAAACCAUUUCUGCUAAUUUUGUUGGGGUGAUCUUCAUACUUGAUUUUUUUAUCAUCUAGAUCAGCUCCAAACAUGCAACAAUAAGUCAGCUAAGACAGAACUUCCAGACCAACAUUAUUUAAUUUCUUUUUUUUUUCAGAUUGAGGGAUUGCAAUUUGUCAGAGAUCAGCUGUGAUUCCCUGGCCUCAGCGCUACAGUCCAACCCCUCUCACCUGAGAGAGCUGGACCUUAGUGGAAACAAGCUUCAGGAUUCAGGAGUGAAGCUGCUGAGCAAUUUCCUGAAGAGUCCAAACUGCAGACUGGAGACUCUGUGGUAAGUGUAGGAUAUGAGAAGUUUGAUGAUGUUUGGUAACUGAUAAACAAAGAUAAUUUGAUGUCCUUCAGUUUGUCUUGUAGCAGCAUUUUAAACAUUAGGCUCGUUUCAACCAUUUUUUUUUAGUUAUGGUGUUCCACAGGGACUUGGGAUAAGACCAGUCCUUUUCACCUUAUAUAUUUUUACUCUAGGUAAUAUUAUCAGGAAACAGUCCAUAAGUUUUCACUGCUAUGCAGACGACACUCAAUUAUAGCUAUCACUAAAACCUUGAUGAACUUCACUUGAUGCAUAUCUUAAAGAGAUACAAACUUGGAUGACCAGAAACUUUUAGCCAGUCAACUCUGACAAAAUUUAAGUUCUUGUUCUUGGCCCCAAACACCUCAGAGAGACACUUUCUAAUGAUAUAACUGCAGUAGAUGGCAUCAGUCUAGCAUCCAGCACCACUGUUAUGAGUCUGGGAGUUCUCUUUGACCAGAAUAGAUCAUUUAACUCCCACAUCCAACAAAUCUCUGGAACUCUCUUUUUACGUUUGCGCAAUAUAUUUAAAAUCAGACACAUCCUGUCUGAGACCAAUGCAGAUAAACUAGUCCAUGCAUUUGUCAUCUCUAGGAUGCAUUACCAAAAUUCCCUUUUAUCAGACUACCCUAAUGAGUCAUUAAAGACUAUUCAGGUUGCAUUCACAGAUCCGUGGUAUGAUUGUUAACUCCUUUAAACCAGGCACAAAAAAUGACAAGUUAGUUGUCAGUUUUCUAUAGAAGAUGAUAUCUGUUUCAGAUCAUUUAAUGUAAAGAGCAAGCAAUGUCUUCAGAUUAAAUCUAUUUAUUUUGGGGGUUGUGUUUUUUUAACAGGAUUAAUAAAAAAUUUUUGACAGCUGACAACCUCCAAAAAUGUGAGUAUCAAAGCAAAAUAAACUAUUUCUGAAACCAGUGGAAAUAUGUCUGAAUUUAUAAAGAGCUGCUUCUCUUGUGUGUUACAGCUCAAAAGUCCCAACACUUCAGCUCUUUAUCAGAAGACAAAGAAAAGGCUGUGGAGAAAAAGCUUCCCCUGCAGGAUGAUGAUGAUGAUGAUGAUGAUGAUGAUGAUGAUGAUGAUGAUAAAAAGGUGGAUCUUGAAAUGUGAUUUUGAAAUAAAAACACGUUAUCCUUCUACUGCUCUCACAAAAACACCAGUGUAAACCAGUGCUAAUUCUCUUAAUUAGCAUUUCACUAUGCUGAUGAUAUGCAACUGUACCUUUUAAACUGCAUUUUAGGCAUUAAGUCAUGGAUGGCAGCCAAUUUCCUGCAGCUCAACCAGGACAAUAGGUCCUGAAGGCCCGAAAGAGACACUUUUACCAAAACUACAAGUUUUUAAAGUAUCCAAAUCUGUAAAAAAAACCUGGGUGUAAUUUUUGACUGUGAGCUCAGUUUUACUCCACACAUCAAAAACAUAGCAAAGGUAGGUUUUUACCACUUAGAGAAUAUAGCCAGAGUCCACUCGUUUCUCUCCCAGGCCAGCAAAGAGGUGCUGAUGUAUGCUUUUAUCUCCUGUGGUUUAGAUUAUUGUAAAGCCCUGCUCUCUGGCCUCUCAAAGAAGAACUUACAUACCCUUCAAUUAUUACAAAAUUCAGCUACAAGAGUGCUGACAAGGGCCAGAGGGCUGAGCAUAUAACCCCAGUUUUAGCAUCGCUGCAUUGGCUCCCCGUCCGUUUCAGGAUUGAUUUUAAGUUUCCUUUAUUAGUUUUUAGAUGUAUUGAUGGUCUUAGCCUCUCCUAUUUAUCUGACUUACUUUUAUCAUAUCAACUCUUGCGGACCCUGAGGUCCUCCGGCACAAGCCUUUUAAUCUUACCCAAAGUUAAAACAAAAACACACAGGGAGGCGGUUUUCAGUUUCUAUGUGGUUGUGGAACAGCCUGGAGAACAGCCGGAGAGCCUCAGAGCCACAGAGACUGUUUAUGUUUUUUAAGAAGAGGCUCAAGACUCAUCUUUUUAACAAAACUUUUCACUGAAAGCCUUGUUUUAUUUCUCUUAUUGCUACUGUUCAUUUUAAUCAAAGUUCUUAAUGUUUAUGUAUUUUUUAUUAAUUAUGUCGGUUCUUAGUCUUUUUCUUAUUCCCCCCAAUGAGGUUUUUUACUUCUUUUACCCCUUUUACAUGGUAAAGAGCUCUUACUUAUUUCAUACUAUAUUCUGGUCUUAGUCCAUCAGGUUUUACUCUUUCUUUUUACCAUUUCUAUCAUUUCAUCUCCAGUGUUUUCCAAAGAUAGCUCUUUCCUCAUGCUUUGUCUCAGGGUCAAGCCAUGUCUCUUUGACAAUAUAUCUUAUAAGCUUACUCUGUGUGCGCUUGUGUGUGUGCGCUUGACUAGAAAAGUGUCCCAGCCAUUUGAAAUUUCAAGAUGGCAGCCAUUUUUCAAGAUGGCCGCCACCUAAGUAGAACAGGAAGAUGAUGUACUUGAUAAAUUGGUGAUAUAGCCAUGAAAACUGGUAUGAAAAGUCGUCAUGAGUCACUUAACAAGAAAAUGCCUCAAGCUGCUUGAAAUUUCCAGAUGGCACCCAUUUUAAAGAUGGCUGCCAUCUAAUUAGAGCAAUCAAGUGAAGUAAAGUUGGUGAUAUAAACAUGAAAAAUAGUAAGACCAUUCCCUGUGAGUCCCUCAACAAGAAAAUGCCCCAAGUUGCUUGAAACUUCAAGAUGGAAGCCAUCUUAAAAAUGGCCGCCAUCUUGAAAGUUCAAGCAACUUGGGGCAUUUUCUUGUUGAGUGACUCAUGAAGACUGUUCAUACCAAUUUUAAUGCCUAUAUCACCCAUUCAACAAGGAAAUCACCUAAUUGUUCCAGUUUGGUAAAUUUUAAAUGGCUGGGACACUUUCCUAGUAAAGUGACCCAUGAAGAAUGCUAGUGCCAAUUUUCAUGCUUGUAUCACCAACUGAACGACUAUGUCACUUAUCUGCUCCACUAUUAAGGCAUUCAUUAUCAGUAGUGAGUCUAAGCCUGGAUACUUCAUCACGCUCACCGCAGCAAAAUUCAGCCAGCAGUCAGACAUGCAGCACUAAACUUAUCAAUCCAGCUUUUGUUGUAUUCUCUCUAAUGUAUAAUCUGCUUCUCUUAUUUCUAGGCUCCAUUUUCCUUCACACCUGAACAGGCUGACUCUUCAUACAGGUAGUGUUCUAAAUUGCAAAAAUAUAUAUGUGUAUAUCGAGAGUGACAGUGACUUAGCACCUUACCAACAAAUAGAACAUUGUGUUAAAGGACGUUGUCAUUCUAAAUCCAAAAAGUCAUCUCUUUUUGAUGAUUGGGAUGAACUGACCUGGUAAUUCUUUAUUCCUGAUGUUAAGGUGGGGGAGAGAUUACAGACAAGCAACCCAGGUUCACUUGACAAAGUGAAGUCAAAACAGAAAGCAAAACUUCUGGGACCUUGAAAUACUAAAAACAAAUUUUGACAUGGUUAGCUUAAAGCUAAACACUUUAAAAUCUUACUCUUUUUCGUUACAGAUUCUACAGAAAUUGUAAAAUCUGUCCAUGAAAGUCAGAGUUUUGGUUUGAAGAGUAUUCUGGUACAUGUUAGCAGUCCAAUCAGGUGUCAGCAGGCUGUGCUGGCUGCUGAGGAAACAGUCUGUAUGGAGAGCAAAAGCAGGAGGAACACAAUGAACCACAAUGACCUCCUGGCUCCCAUCAGCAGAUUUCUGCAUGAAGGUCAUCUAACAAUCUGCUCCAGCAACGAAACACAAAUCAGCUUGAUGCUGAGUCACUACAGACAAUAAACAUUUAGAUUUCCCUGAAUGUGUCAACAAUAACUCGUCUUGAUCAAAGACUGACCCAACAAGGCUUGACAUUUUACUUCUCCUGAGACUGUUUCAUGGGGUUGUUUUUCCAGAAAAUUAAAUGCUCGGUAAUGGCGAGUAAAUCACAGGAAAAUUAGCUCCUUUUUCAGGCUCAUGCUGCUGUAGAGAGAGAGGGGCCUCUUUUAAGCUCAGUAUUUACAUUAAAACUGAGAUUCAUCACAGACAGCUAAACUGGUGGAAGUCAUGAACCAAUAAAGUACAGUGAAACGUCUGACAUUAAUUCAGUCAUUUUUGGAUCCUCCAGGUUCAGGUGUCCUGGUCAAGGUGUGUUUCAGUGUACUGUGACAGGACUGGUGUUUGUUAUGACAAAGGAGGCGGAGCUUACUUACAAGACUGUCCAAUGGGAUGAGAACCUCCUCCAAUCAACUGGCAAAAAAUCUGCCGGGCCGCUGUUCAACAUCGAGUCCUCAGAGGACGCAGUUUGUCAGCUCCACCUCCCACACUGUGAAUCAAAGGAAGGUAAACAGCGCCGUCUUUAAACAAAGGUGAUCUGGAUUCAUGUGCAGUGUUGUGUCCCCCUGAGAGUGACUAGCACAUCCUUUUCUUAUAGAACUGAUGCUGAUGGAUAAAUUAAGACUCUCAGAAAUCAAGUGCUUCUAAGUUAAUGAGGUAAAUUGAAGCUAAACAACUCUCUGUUCCCUCAGGGCUGCUUGUUGAUGGGCUGUUGUCUGUCGCCCACUUCACUGAUGAUGGGAUGGGGAUCUUGAAGCCGCUGAAGAUCACAGACACUCAUGUGGUUGUGGAUGUCCCUCAUCUAUCUGCCUAUGGCCUGGUCUGGGAUUUUGUUAAAAGAUUUAUGAACAAUUCACAGCCAAUUAAGGGCCUAGUCCUCCUGUUCCUACGACCUCCACAAAGAAAGUCAUCAGGUGCUUGAUGUGCAUCUGCUGCAGCAAAAUAUUGUUCUGAGAGAGGUAAAUUAAAUGCCAGUAAAAAAUGUAGUAAUUUGAAUGUUUAUACAUAACCAAUCCCAUUCACACAACACUGACUGGGCCCAGUGGUUUGAAUUUUGAAAUAAUUUAAAAUAUCUUUGUUGUGUCACUUUACUUUUCUUUACUCUUUGUCAAGUAUUUUGAAAUGAAACAAAAUAAAAUCAGGAAUAAAUAUUUUCUUUUUUCUGGAGGUUGUCGCCCAACAAGGAGAUUCCCAGUACAUCAGGAUCUCGUCUCACUGUCACCUCAGAGUCGGUCAAAAUUACAGUGUCCACUGUGAACCAGCAGGCUUCAAAAUUCAGCCACAGGUUUAAAAAAUCCCAUUUCCUUUCUUCCUAAAUGUAAAGGUGGUGGUAUAUUGAAAUUAUAAGUGUAAUAAGGAGAAUAAGACUUAAAUAUUUUAACGAAAGCCAGAAAAAUAACUCUUUGCUCUGUGCUUCAGAAAAAAGAGUUUUUCUUACAGAAUGGACCAAACUACUUCCCAACAUUUGAAGUUUUCCUGACGUCAAAUCAAGAAAGAGUGACUCUGGUGAUUCAGGACCAAGAUGGAGCAGAAGUCUGGAAACGGCGAGUGUACCUGACAGGUGAGGACCUCAGUCAUGUCUCUGUUUGGACUGCAGUGAUAGAUCAGAGUAGGAGGUCCACACUUUUCCCCCUAUCCCCCUCAAUUCUUUAAAUUUAUGAUCCAUCUGUUCAAUAUGCUGACUGGACAAAAAACAGAACAGCAGCUCUACCAAAGGUCUGCUUUUACUGGGCUUUUGAAAUUGCUCUCAGUUUAAAAAGGCAGAAUCCUGACAGAGAUGCAUCACUCUGGCUAACCUCAGCUGUACAAAGCCCAAUGAAGAGGCCUACUUUAUCAUAAUUAGAAUUUACUUACAACCAACUCUGCUCCUGAUUUUUACCUGUAUGAGACCCUACUUUGAAAAUCACUGAUCUAACAUGCUAACUGCAUUUCAGGCACUCACUCUCAGAGGGUGAGAUCUCUGUCAAAAGAUGAGGCUCCAUGUUACAUCAGCAGAGCUCAAGCUGCAGCCUUUUCAUUUGUUUCUAUUCUAUUUGUGAAGCUCAUCAUGUUGGAAAAAUUUGAUAAAAUUUAAACCAGAAAAAGUACAAACAGUGAGGUUCUAGUUUUAAGUUUUUCUGUAUAUGCUGUGCAUAUGCAAUCAUCAGUAAAUCAGUAAAUCAGUAAACAUCAAUAAACAAUGAAUGAUAUUUUAUCUAAACAUAUCCAAACCCUUUUUUGGCAUUGGUUCACAUCAGCAUGUAAAUCUCCCAUUCCAGUUUAGUUCUCGUAGGGACUGUAUUAUUAACAAUGUUAAAUGCGAGAUAUUUCUUACCUAGUUUGUGGCUUUAUGUGGUUUCACAAGAGCCAAGAGAGAGACAGCCUUGCUGUUUAUAUCCAGUUCAAGUUUCCAAUUCUCUCUGAGAAUAUUUGUCUUACGAAGUUUAUUCCAGAAAAAGUAAAAGUUACAACAGACACAGUCAGUGUUUAUUACACGGAGUUGAAACAAAGUAAAUGCAAUAAUCAGAAUAAUUGAUUUCAUCACAUUUCACAUUAAAAUAUUUUCUCAGCUGACAAUUUAACAACACUAGCUGAGUUAGAUGUGAGUUAUUCCUACAAAUGAUUUAGAUCAACACUAAGAUAAGAGUAUGUAAGAACAUAUCAGCUCUAACUUACAUAUAUUAACAUUUUUAUCAUUUUAAUGUCAUUAUUUAUAAAAUAACUGGUUAAUUUUCAGAAUCAAGAGGUAAUCUGCAGAGGUCUGUCUCCAGAGGAGACAGAGUACCGGCAGAGAACAGGGUCCCAGCACAGGACAUGGUCCCAGCAGAGGACAGGAUGAUUCCAGCUGAGCAGACGCUGUCCAGAAUAAGGACAAACUUUGUAGAGAGAGUAUCUGAUCCUGUUCUGAACAGUCUUCUGGAUAAACUCAGGGAGCAAAAGGUUAUCAAUGCUGGUGAGAUGGAGUCACUCAGGACAGGAAGCAGGGCAGAUCGAGCACGAGAUCUCAUUGACUCAAUGCAUCGAAAGGGAAGAGAAGCCAGUUCAGUUAUGAUCUCAGCUCUUUGUGAGAUUGAUCCAUACCUGUCUGAAACACUGGGUUUGAUCUGAAGAGGAAGCAACAAAACAGUGAGGUGUGAUGAUGUGUUGAGCUUUUCUCAGGUAGCAAAAGAGAGAGACAUCUGUCCGGUUUUCUCUCCACUACUCUGCCAGAUAGUCGUGUCUUGUUUGAAACUUUAAACUGCCAAUUUUAUAGUCUUGUUUGUGCCUCACCGGCUGCAGUCCAGAGCUCUUCACUGUCUAUGCUCAACAGAGAUAUCAUCAGCCGGCCAGCUUCCAACCUCCAUUCUCUGUCUCUUGUUUUUUUUGGAAUAAACUCUUUUGAUACACCUA